AUGAUGCACAGUAAUAAGAGAUACAUCUCAAACACUUAUUUGGAAGAAUUUGUGGAGUCAGAUAACGAUGGGCAAUUAAUAAAAAAAAAAAUUAACGAGUAUACUUUUAAAUUAAAUAAUGAGAUGGAAUACUAUACAAGCCAAUCUGUUUACUGUGGAAUAGGAGGAAUUUUAUAUAUGGACAUUAUUCUAUAUGAAAGUAAUGAUGACUAUACAUUUUUACAAUUUGGAAAUAAUAUUAUAAAGAAAAUAAAGACGUAUAAAGGGAAGAAUGCGAUUUCUUUUUUGGAGGGCCCAACAGGAUUGUACAGUUUGUCUAGCGUUUUACAUUACUAUUUAGAAAAUGCAUCAAGUGUAGAAAAAUAUAUAGAAUUAUUGGUUAAUUAUUUAAAGGAGAAUAAGGAGGAAUUAACAUCUAUUAAUGGAGAAUGUGAAUUGUUAUAUGGAAAAUGUGGUUGUAUAUAUUCCUUUCUAUUUUGUAGAAAUAUAUGGAUAAAAUCAGAAUACAAAUACAUGAUUUUGAAAAAUUUAUAUAUCAUGAUGACAUCCAUAUUUGAAUAUGGCUUGUUAAAAAGUACGACAAUGUGGAACAUAACUUCGCUCUCGUUAUAUUUUGAAUGGCAUGAACAAAUAUACCUAGGUGCUGCACAUGGAUACGCAGGAAUAUUUUUAGUUUUAUAUAAAUUGAUAUUAUUUUUCCAUCACAAUUUGGAUGAUUUUUGUGAAGCUUUACAAGGAUUUGAUGACAGCAGUGACUCAAAUGUGAAUGAUACAAAACAUUUAAAAUGUAGAAGUGAUAUAGUGAAGAAAUUAAAUGAAUAUUUAUAUUUAAUAUAUCAAGUAACAGAUGAAAUAAUGAAUUUAUAUGUUACAGAAGAUUUUAAUGUAUAUUCUUCUAUAAAAAAAAAUCCAGCACAUAAAAAAAAUGAUGUAUUAGUUCAGUGGUGUCAUGGAAAUGUAGGUUUUAUCAUUUUAAUAAUUGAAUUAUUAAAGUGUCCAUUUGCACCAAGCCAUUUUCUUAACAAAUAUAAUAAAAAUUUUAUUGAAAAAAUGGGACUAUUGAUAUGGGAUCGAGGAUUAUUAUAUAAAGGGCUAGGAUUAUGUCAUGGAAUACCAGGAAAUGGACUUGUAUUUUUGUACCUAUAUAAUUACACGAGCAAUAGGGAAUGGUAUAUUAAAGCAUUAAAAUAUGCUCAUUUUUGUAUUAAAUAUUUUGACAAGUUUUACAAUGUCCCAGAUAGACCUAAUUCCUUAUUUGAAGGAUAUGGAGGUUUGGUUGUCUUCCUCAAUUUCGUUUUAAGACCAGACUUGGCUUAUUUUCCCGCUUACGAUAUUCCUGCGGAUUUGACCCCAAUUGGUGAGGCACAAAAGAGAGAAUAUGCAGCAGCAGGGAUGGGAGAGGAGGUCGCAUGA